AAUAUUACAUUGUUUGGUGAACUUUGCGUUAUUGACAUUAAGUAAUGCUGCUUUUGUUACAAAUCUGGUUAGAUUUGUAAACACCAACCUGUUCUAUUUUGCACAGAAAUCCACCGAACGGAGACGGGUUGACUACUGACUCCGACAACUUUAUAACCUGGCGAGAUACAACAGCCUGCUGUACUGACCAACUAAAUCCUGAUGGAGACAAAAGAGGAAACAGCCAUGGAUAACAGACCAACCUAUAACUGGGUAGAUAUCACUCAGGAGUUUGUAGAGGCGUCAUCAGACCUUCAGCUCGGGGAACUCCUACAUGAUUCCACAUUCGGGUUGUUUGAAGCAAUGUCUGCUAUAGAAAUGAUGGACUCUAAGAUGGAUGCUGGUAUGCUGUGUAAUCAAAUCCAAAGGAAAGUGCUUAACUUCUCUGAUAGUACAGAGUCGGGACAGUUGAAGAUCAAAGAGCUGAGUAUACCUGAGCUGAUAGGUGUCAUGGAUGCUACAAUGGCAUGUAUGGUGACGUGGCUGGAAGGUCACUCCCUGGCCCAGACAGUGUUUACAAACCUGUACCUACACAACCCAUAUGUAAUAGAGGACCGAUGUCUUAAGGCCUUCAGCCUUUGUACUCUCAAAAUAGUCGACCACAUACGCGAUCGUGUCAACAGAGCUGGUGUUUUUGAAGAGGAAGAUUUCCAGACGAUGACCUAUGGGUUUAAGAUGGCAGGAGACGUUACUGAUGUACGGGUGACGGGUAUGAUGAAGGAGUUGGAAGAAGAUCUUCACAGAACUCUUAAGACAACAAGGAGUAAACAGGGUGAAGAAAGAGAUGCAGAAACAGAAAAGGAGCACUUCCUUACAAGUACAUUGUUCUCCAGAGUAAAGUUCCACCGCCUGUUUUAUGCUAUGCUGUUGUCAUUUAGUAAAGAGAAGAUGGAGGAUUUCAUUAUGGGGCGAGCUGUGCUGACUUGUGAAGGAAUACCCCAGUCCCAAAAGAUAGUCGUACAACUCCAGGAACUGAUCCCCACAAUCAGGGACACUCUGCCUGUUGGUGUACAACCUGAACAGAAGGAGCUCAGUAAAAAUGACUACCCAACCAUUAUGGGGUUUGAGCCCCUGGUGAACCAGAGGUUGCUCCCGCCCACAUUCCCGCGCUACACCAUCAUUAAGAGUCGUGAGGCGGCCCUGGAGUAUAUGGAGACCCUUCUCAACCGUCUCAUGGUGGUCACCACCGUCCCACAGAUGACAUCAUUGCACACGGUGCUGGACACCUUUAAAGACUUUAGUAAGACAUCCCCCUGUGUUUUGUCAAGGUCAAUUUUACAGUUGACACUGUUGCCUCCCAAUAAGCGAGUGUUUGGAGUGAAUUCCAUUGUUGACUUUCUCAAGGAAACCAUCAGAGGCUUCAUAGCACCACCUGCUCUCAGUCCCAAAUCAUCCCUGUUCAAUAAUCCCCAGGCUAAAACUUAUGUAGACGCUUGGUUCAUGCAGGCCGUGAGACCGAUAUGUACCCUGAUUCAGACAACUGGCCACAACCGGGCACGGCAAAGAGACAAGUGGGGACAUCUACUGGAGGAUCUGUCUGCUCUUCAGGAGGAGGCUGACAAAGUGGAUGCAUACUUACACCAGCAAUUGGUUAAGACAGAGCCAAACAGACAACAUCUGGCGUGUCUAGGUAACUGGGUACUGUACCAUACUCUACAGGCUAUGAUCAGCUACCUCCUGUCUGGAUUUGAGCUGGAGCUGUAUGCUCCUUACGAAUACCACUACAUAUUCUGGUACCUUUAUGAGAUGCUGUAUUCAUGGUUAAUAAAUACUCUACACCGAGCAGAUAACUUUCUUUUGGAACAUGAAACAAUAGCAGACAAUCAACAGAAAGGCCGAAACAACAAAAAGAACAAGAAAAAAAAGAGGACAAAGACGUUGAACAAAGAAAUAACCAUGGCACAGGCAGAACAACAUAUGUUUGGAGGUUACUAUAAGGCUGUCCUUGGACUACGACUGGAUGGUAAGCUGGUGUACCCUUCCUUUGAGUUUGACAGUGAGGAGGUGCAGUACUCCCAUCGCUUCCUCCCCUUCACGACGGUGUCCACACCUCCUUACAUACACUACGCCCAGUACAAGGAGAUGUCAGACUUGAAACGGUACGAGCCAGAGGCCUCGGCCCAGAGUUUAUACACAGCGUCUUGUAAAUGUUUCCACCAAGCCAAGGCUCUUCUGGAGAGUAUGUCCACUGCCAAUGAGGAGAUUCAGACACUGAUCAAAGUAGCGAAGACCAACUUUGUAGUGAUGAAGCUGUUGAUGGGAGGACACAAGAAAGAUAGUAAUGAGCCGCCAGACUUUGACUUUAGCCAACACAAAGUAUACCCUGUGAUGAAGCUGAUGUAAGGAUGCAAGAAUUGUGGUGUGAGAGAAUAUUUCUGUGUGUGAUACUAUUACAGCAGUCCUAUAACUGUAGGACUUUGCGACAUUUAUAUAUUGUAAAGCAUUCUAUUUGGUGUUUUUGACAAUAAAUUAUUACAAAAAGGUA